UAAAGCUCGAGCGUAGCAGGCGCUGCGAGAGCAGUCAGCGAGUCGCUGGUGCGCAGGGUACAGUUCUUACUGCUAAUGGAAAGGUAGACCACUCACUCGCUCCGCUGGCUCCAUCAACCGCUCUCUUUUUGAGGAAUUAAAGGAGUUGUUUCGUUCAAUUUGCUGGCAUGUUCGAUUCUUAUUAUGGGCUGCAUCCUUCGGGCUUGAAACGUCAUUGUGGGCUUUGUUGUUUUUUUUUCCUGUAAAUAUUAUUGCUUUUAGUUUUCUUAAAACGUUUAGCUGAGGAUAAUACCUGGACUUCUCUCCAAUGGAACAGGUUUGCUCCAGCGCUCUCCAGCAACCCUUCGACAGCACCUAAUCUUUCCUCAAGAAACGUGUCCAACUUUGGCUGCCGAGAAACAUGGACUGUUUUCACAUGCUCUAUUUCCUGUCUAGACACCAUGAUUCCUGGUAAUCGAAUGCUGAUGGUAAUUCUAUUAUGCCAAGUCCUACUAGGAGAAAGCAGCCAUGCUAGUCUAAUACCGGAGGAAGGCAAAAAAAAAGCGUCAGAGCUGCAGGGUAGUCGCUCUGGGCAAAGCCAUGAACUAUUACAGGACUUCGAGGCUACUUUGUUGCACAUGUUUGGCCUGCAGAGACGGCCCAGGCCCAGCCACUCAGCCGUCGUGCCCCGGUAUAUGCUGGAUCUCUAUCGUUUUCAGUCUGGAGAGACGGAGGAGGCUGGAGAACACGACACGCCGUUCGAGUAUCCAGAGAAGUCUGCCAGCCGAGCAAACACAGUGAGAGGAUUCCACCACGAAGAGCACCUGGAGCGUGUGUUGGAUUCGCCGGCUCCACUGCGCUUCCUCUUCAACCUGAGCAGCAUCCCAGAGGACGAGGUUCUAUCAUCAGCAGAACUCCGGCUGUACUGCCAGCAGAUCGAGGGGGCCGGGCUGGGCGGAGAGGAAGGGGGCUUCCACCGAAUCAACGUCUACGAGGUCCUCAAGCCCCCCCAGACGGGCACUGGGCAGCUCAUCACACGGCUCCUGGACACGCGGCUGGUCCACCACAAUGCCACGCGCUGGGAGAGCUUCGACGUGAGCCCCGCGGUCCUGCGCUGGACACGAGACAGACUGCCCAACCACGGCCUGGCCCUGGAGGUGCUGCACCUCAACAGCACCCCCACGCAGCAGGGCCAGCAUGUGCGCAUCAGCCGCUCGCUGCACCCAGGCGCCGCAGAGGAUUGGCUGCAGCUACGCCCCCUGCUGGUCACUUUCAGCCAUGAUGGCAAGGGCCACCCGCUGACCCGGCGGACCAAACGCAGCCCCAGGCCGCGGGGCCGCAAGAAAAACCGGAACUGCCGGCGACACGAACUGUAUGUGGAUUUCAGUGACGUGGGCUGGAAUGACUGGAUAGUGGCGCCCCCUGGCUACCAGGCUUAUUUCUGCCAUGGGGAUUGCCCCUUCCCCCUGGCGGACCACCUGAACUCCACCAACCACGCCAUCGUGCAGACUCUGGUGAACUCAGUGAAUGCUGAAAUCCCCAGGGCAUGCUGCGUGCCCACGGAGCUCAGUGCAAUCUCCAUGUUGUACCUCGAUGAGCACGACAAGGUGGUUCUCAAGAACUAUCAGGAGAUGGUGGUGGAGGGCUGUGGCUGCCGUUGAGACUUCACACCCAAAUCCUUCACUUGGACCCUUAUUUAUGACUUUUAUGUGCUGAUGUUUGUUUGUUUUUUUGACAAUAUGAUCAUAUAUUUUGACAAAAAAAUAUAUAUAUUUAUAACUACAUAUUAAAAAAAUAAAAAUGAGUUCUUAUUUUAAACAUAAAUAAAUAAAUAAAAACUGUACAUCAUCUUUUUAACUGUAUAUUAGAAUUGUAUACGUUUUUUAAGAAAAAAUGAGAAUAUAGUUAAAAAAAAAAAGUAAUGUUAAUAUACUGGUGAUAUUUAUUGUUUUCCUAUAUAUACGUUAUGGAAGUAAAAUAAAAAAAAAAAGUCCUUCCUAACUUGAGCAGGUCUGAACACAAAGAUUUAAUAUAAAAAUGGGCAAGGCUCACUGCGAUUUUGCUCUAGGGCAUUACAAAGUUACAAAGGAGGGAAAAUGUGCAAAAUAAUUACCUGAAAUACAAACUACAUCAAGCUUGUAUAUCACUGUUAAAACAGUAACAUUUCAAGAAACAUAGCCGUGUGUUUUUUUAAAGUAAAUAUCUGUAAAUAUUCUGAAAAGAUAGACUAGCUUGAAAAGGAUAACUGUCAAAAAUGUAUUUUAUUGAUAAAGUCAUAACUGAGAUGAAAUUAGAAGAUUUCCUCCAAUAA